UCCUGGAAACGUAACGGGGCUUCGGUAUGUAGCCAUUAAAACAGAGCCAACACUAACGUAAGAAUAAGGGAUUGAGCCACAGCCUGUAGAAGUCAUAACCACCGAUCGUGACAGGCUGGAAAUUGGCAUUUCUUUUUAGACAGCUGUUACUUAGACAUGGAUUUCAACAAACCGAGACACAAUGGGAAUGUAAUCUUGGUCGUUACUGCCUUGCAGACAAAUUUUUCUUCAAAUGUUUUUUCCAAAAUACAUGCAAAUGUACAAGGACAUUCCUGGUUUUGUCUAGUUCCUCACAUCGACAGCUGUCUCUAGGUGGUUGGUUUUCCACCCUCAGCAGCGAAAGACACAGGCUCCACCCUCCUGACAUCCUUCCUGACUUCUCAGUCUCUCGCGCCUGGGAGUACUCCACUCCUCGCCUUUCCCCUCAGCCCUUGCAGCACAGAGCUUCAGGACAGGGUUUGCUCUGUCUGUUUCUCCCUGUGAGUGAGGCACAGUGCAAGUUCCCUACGGCCUUCCUCCGGUUUUGCUGCUCUCCAUCCUCUCAGUAUAAAGAGUGCCCAGAGGCUGAUGAGCACAUGCUGGUGCGGACAAAGGUCCUCACAUAAGGGGAGGACAGCGACAUCCUGGGGGCAACAGGUGCCCAACAACUCGGGAUCUAAGAAGCAGGAGUAGUGGUUGUAAUACAGCAGUGCUUAAUGAGAAUAACAUCACCUCCUUCUUCGCCAGUCCAAAAUCCCACCAGAGUUCCUGCUGGUAGAGAGGCCUUGGUGCAGCUGUACAUAGACAAGAGGAGGACAAGAACUGUGCUUGUCAAAUCACCUCAGCUCCUCACAAAGGAAAAGCUUUCUGCCAAAAUGCCAGCUGCAAUGCUGUCCUACUCUGCUGACCUAGACUGAGGCAUUCACACUGUGAGUCUGCUGCUGUGACAUCACUGAACAAAAUGCCCAUUUUCCCAAGCAGAGAAAAUCUUGAUCUCCCAUCUUGAUUCUCCUUUGUUACUCUUGUGACGUCAAGCUGCCCAGCCCCUGCUAGCCCUGCUCUAGACUUGCAGGGCAGCUGCCAAGGCUUUGCCUUCCUGUGCAGGCCACCUCACACUCCCCCUAGCCCAGACGAAGGGUGAAGCAGCAGCAGGAGAAGGAGCAGAAGACAACCACAAGUCACUGGGGUUAAAGCAGGCAGGAGGACCCCAAGGCUGAGUGCGAUGAUCAUACCCAUGCUUCAAAGUCCUGCACUGCUCCAGAGAAGUGCAUGGAUCCAGGGAGUUUCUGGUUAGGGUGGUCCUUGGCACAGAACUUUUCAAAGCCUUUCAGACCACCUGGAACAAGGACAGCUGUGGGCAAAAGCCAUAAAGUUUCCAGGGAAGACGUAAGGAUGUUCUGGAUCUUCUGUGGUAUAGACGAAAGAAUUAUGGACUCUUCAAAAUGUACUUUAAAAAUCAACUUACAGCACUAGUAAAAAGAUGAUAAAGCUAGAUGCUAAUCUUUGCAUCAAUCAGGACUCGCCUGGAGCUCAUUUGCCUUGCAAAUGCUCUAUUGUUACAUUCUGUGUCCCUCCCUACUCACUUAAAUUAUUGACUCCACCCCAGAAAAGAACUUUUGUAGAAAUUUCUGGAGGAGAGACGGAUCCUGCCCCUCAAACCAUGGGGCCUGUCAGCUACUCAUCAGAGACCUAUGACUUGACCCAGGUGGAGCUGAGUGGUUACUACGAAGCUGAGAACACCACUCCUUCUUUGGAGGGCUACUUCUGCUUCAACCCAGCCUCAUCUGUGGUUGGCAACCAGGGAGACCCCUUCAGAAAAGUCUUCAUGCCCCUCAUCUAUCUGCUGAUGUUUGUGUUGGGGACUCUGGGCAAUGCCCUGGUUCUGGUCAUAUUAGAGAGAUUCAAGCGAUCUCGCACCACCACAGAAAACUUCCUUUUCCACCUCACCCUGGCCAACCUGGCACUGUUGCUCACCUUCCCAUUCAGUGUGGUGGAGAGCUUGUCUGGGUGGGUAUUUGGGAAGUUCCUGUGCAAGAUACUCAGUGCUGUCCACAAGAUCAAUUUCUACUGCAGUAGCAUGCUGCUGGGGUGCAUUGCGGUGGACCGUUACCUGGCCAUCGUCUAUGCAAUACACACCUACCGCAAACGCAGAGCUCGCUCCGUCCACCUCACCUGCACAGCUGUCUGGCUCUGCUCAUUGCUUCUGACUUUACCCGAUCUCAUCUUCAUGGAAGUCUGGACAGAUGACAGCAACCGCAGCAUUUGCUAUUUUCCAGAGGUUGGGAUUGAUGGAAACAAUGCGUGGCUGGCAACCCGCUUCCUCUACCACACCGUGGGUUUCUUUAUGCCUCUGCUGGUCAUGUGUUACUGCUACAUGGCCAUCAUCCGGGCACUGUGUCAGUCCAGCGCCGUGCAGAGGCAAAAAGCUGUCCGUGUGGCCAUCCUGGUCACAGGCAUCUUCCUCCUCUGCUGGAGCCCAUACCACAUUGUCAUCUUCCUGAACACACUUACCAAGUUAGAAACCUUCACCAAGAACUGCCUCCUGGAAGACCAGCUGGACACAGCCAUCAUGGUGACAGAGGCCAUCGGCUUCACACAUUGCUGCCUCAACCCCAUCCUCUAUGCCUUUAUUGGGGUCAAGUUUCGUAACGAUUUCUUCCGGAUCCUGCAGGAGCUUGGCUGCAUAAGCCAGGAGACCCUGCAGGAGAUCCUGGAGGUGACAAGGAAGGGUAGUGGGAUAGAGUCUGACAACACCACCUCCAUCUCCACUUUCUAGCUGGGAAAGGCUGCCUGCAGGGCAGAACUGGCCUAGGGCUUUCCUUCCCAGUGGCACACUUGCUGUGGUCUCAGUUACAGGUUUCAUAAGCACCGCCACAGCUUUCUUCACUCCUCAGGAAACAGGUCCAAUAGCCACCAAACACCCAAAUCCCAUCAGACACUUUGCUUGGCUCUUCCUGGUUCUCAUAAUUGUAGAGACCCACCUGGUAGCUGUUGGUGAAUGCUGGAUGUCUGAUGGUGACUCUUGUGGGGCUGGAUGAACUCGAGUGGGUUGAACCUGACCAUUCCCCACCUCUCCCUCAAAAACUGAAUGCAGGCAUCUUGUGCACAAAGGCAGGCACAGGACUGGGGUGCCAGGGUUAAGGAAAAAAGUGCAGCCAAGUUAAUGAGUCAUGUCAGUAAGCAGGUCUCCAUUUCACUAUCUCAGGUUGGUACAGACAUGCUCAAAGGAAGCCGUGGGACUCAGUGGCCAUAGUAACUGGAGAGAUGCAGGUAGGACUGAUGGGGGUUGCAAAGCUCAAUCCAAUAGCAUGGGCAUCCAGUGCUGGACACUCUGACUGCAACUUUGUUCUCCUGCUGUGUGACAUUCCCCCCAGCCCACAACCCAUUCACCUUCCCAAGAUAGCUCAUGACAGGAGAUCUUCACACAGACUGAAAGAUUUGACUGUCACAGAUUGCUUUCCUGACACCAGUUGCAUCCUUCCCCACUCAUUUGAUGUUUUACUGCUGUUAUGAUCUUCUGUGAGUGGCUGCUGAACUGAAUGCCUGACUAUGCAAAAGUUUUCCUUUAAGGAAGAAUACCAUCUGAUGUGACUGCAC